AUGGGAAAUGUGGAUAGUAAUCUCGAAGGUCCUAUUAGAAAUUACAAAUACAAAUCAGGAGCUCAAAAAAGAAAGGAGAAAUUAAGGAAAGAAGUCUUGCAAAAAAGUCAGGUUGGUUCUCUUAAUAAGUAUUUUAAUACAAAUAAUGUAGACAAUUUUGUCGUGAAUGACAUUGAGAAUCAAUUUGAUAUUGAAAGUAAUGAGAAUGAGAAAACUUCAAGUAAUGUGAAUGAAAAUGAAGAAUUGAAUCAAACUGUUACUGAGAAUGAGAAAAGUUCAAGUGAUGUGAAUGAAAAUGAAGAACUGAAUCAAACAGUGAAUGAAAAUGAAGAACUGAAUCAAACAGUGAAUGAGAAUGAGAAAACUUCAAGUGGUGUAUUCAACUUUCCUUUUGAUAUUGAUGAUCCAGGAAAUUGGGAUAGGAUUGGUCAUAUUAAUAUGACAAAUUUUAUAGUUGAAAGAGGUCCAAAAAGAGUCAUUAAGGAUGAGUUUACUAGGGAUGCUUUCGGUAGGAAUUUUUCUUCGUGGCAUUAUAUUAGAGAAUUAACAAAUGGAGAGAAACAAGAUAGGAAGUGGUUGAUUUAUUCAGUUUCUUUAGAUAAAGUAUUUUGUUUUUGUUGUAAAUUGUUUGCAACAAAGAAGCAUCUUGUGGGUUUUUUAGCUGAGGGAGGUUUUAAUGACUGGCAUAAUAUUUCUGAUCGAUUAAAAAGUCAUGAACGAAGUACACAACAUAUUGAGUCAAUUGCUAGUUGGGUGGAAUUAGAAAAACGACUGAAAAUGAAGUUAACAAUUGAUGCAAGUUUAGAAGAACAAAUUAAUCAAGAGAAAAAAUAUUGGAAACAAGUGUUAGAGAGAAUUCUGGCUAUUGUAAAAAGAUUUGGGCAAAAUAAUUUGGCAUUUCGAGGAGAUCGUGAAAAACUAUAUGAGAAAAACAAUGGGAAUUUCUUACAAAUUAUAGAAUUACUUGCUGAAUUUGAUUCAACUAUGCAAGAACAUGUUCGUCGUAUUUUAAGAGAUGAGACUCAUUAUGCAAGUAAUGAUGAACAGAUGUCUCUUGUUUUAAGAUGUGUGAAUGUUUCAGAAAGUCCAAUAUUUGUUGAUGAGUAUUUUCUAGGAUUCAUAAAAGUUCAUGACACAUCAGGGCUUGGUUUGCUUAAUGAACUUUUAGAUGCGUUGAAUAUUCUUGGACUUGAUGUUGAUAAUAUAAGAGGACAAGGAUAUGACAAUGGAUCUAAUAUGAGAGGAAAGAAUAAAGGUGUACAAACUAGGCUACUUGAAAUGAAUCCUAGAGCAUUUUACACUCCUUGUGCCCGUCAUUCUCUAAAUCUUUUACUUUCUGAUAUGGCUCAUUGUUGUCCCAAGGCUGUAUCUUUUUUUGGUGUGGUACAACGAAUAUACUCAUUAUUUUCAGCUUCUACAAAAAGAUGGAAAGUAUUUACAAAUCAUGUACCUGGUCUCACUGUUAAGCCAUUAUCAGAAACGCGUUGGGAAAGUCGUAUUGAUAGUGUUAAAGCAAUAAGAUUCCAAGCUCCACAAAUAAAAGAAGCUUUAGAUUACUUGGCAGAGAGUAAUGAAGAUGCCAAAACAAGAAGUGAUGCUGAGUUCUUGGUGAGCAUGGUUAUUUGGUAUGAUUUGUUGUUUGCUGUUAAUAUUGCUAGCAAGAUCCUACAAAAUGAAGAUAUGCAAAUUGAUGUUGCUAUCAAAGAGUUAAAGAUUCUACUUUCAUUUCUUCAAAAGUAUAGAGAAACUGGUUUUGAGAAUGCUUUGACUAAAGCUACUGAGAUUGCAAGUAUGAUGGAAGUUGAACCUGUGUUUAUUGAAAAACGAAAAGUUUACAGGAAAAAGCAAUUUGAUGAAAGUGUCAAUGAGGGGGUGACACAAUCAGCAGCAGAGUCAUUUAAAAUUGACUAUUUUCUUUGCAUAAUCGAUCAAGCUAUUUCAUCAUUUAAAACCAGAUGA